AGAAGUGAACAUUUCUGAAAGAUCACUCAGCUUUAACACACCUUGGCUGGGUCUGGAUAAAAAAAGUGGGAACUGCAAACGUCUAGAAGAAAACAUCAGGGGAAGAGAGAGGGGGGAUUUAUUCAAAGUUGUUUCCCAUUCCUUCAAAAUCUCAAACGAGGUGGCUAUGGUAUGGAUGUGACCAAGAAAAGCAAGCGCGAUGGCGCCGAAGUCACUGAAAGAAUUGUCACCGAAACAGUGACUACGAGACUCACAUCCUUACCGCCAAAAGGGGGGACCACCAAUGGCUAUGCUAAAACAGGCUCCCUCAGUGGAGGGAGCCGGCUGGAGAAACAGAGCCUGACCCAUGGCAGCAGCGGCUACAUAAACUCAAGUGGAAGCACCCGAGGCAAUGCCUCCACCUCCAGUUACAGGAGGGCUCAUUCACCUGCCUCCACUCUGCCCAACUCACCAGGCUCAACCUUUGAAAGGAAAACUCACAUCACCCGCCAUGGAACAUACGAAGGGAGCUCCAGUGGCAACUCUUCUCCGGAGUACCCUCGGAAGGAAUUUGCAUCUUCUGCAACCAGAGGACGCAGCCAGACACGAGAGAGUGAAAUCCGAGUGCGACUGCAGAGUGCAUCCCCAUCUACCCGAUGGACGGAAUUGGAUGAAGUUAAACGUUUGGUCAAGGGAAGCCGAUCAGCAAGCGCGAGUCCCACCCGGAAUUCCUCCAACACACUCCCCAUCCCCAAGAAAGGCACUGUGGAGACCAAAACCGUGAGCUCCCAGUCAGUGUCCGGCACCUAUGAUGCAACCAUCCUGGAUGCCAACCUUCCCUCCCACAUGUGGUCCUCCACCUUGCCGGCAGGGUCCUCCAUGGGGACCUAUCACAACAACAUGACCACCCACAGCUCGUCCCUCCUCAACACCAAUGCCUAUUCUUCAGGAUCAGUCUUUGGAGUUCCAAACAACAUGGCAUCCUGCUCCCCUACUCUGCACCCCGGAAUCAGCACCUGCUCCUCAGUGUUUGGCAUGCAGAACAAUCUGGCCCCCAGCUCAUCCGCCCUGUCCCAUGGCAUGGCCACCACCUCCACAGCAUACGGGAUGAAGAAAAACAUACCCCAGAGCCCUGCCGUUGUGAGCACUGGCGUGUCCACCUCUGCCGCCUGUACCACGAGUGUCCAGAAUGAUGAGCUCUUACACAAGGACUGUAAGUUCCUGAUCCUGGAGAAAGAUAACAUGCCUGCCAAGAAGGAGAUGGAGCUGCUGAUCAUGAACAAGGACAGUGGGAAGGUCUUUACUGCCUCCCCCGCCAGCAUCGCUUCAACUUCUUUUUCAGAGGACACCCUAAAAAAGGAAAAGCAAGCUGCCUACACCACUGACACUAAGCUGAUCUUGGAUACUAAUGGAGACGUGAAGACCGUGUCCACAAAGGGCAAGGCGGCCUCCGCAGAUAUCCACGGCUACGGCUACGAUCACCAUAACGGUGUCAGUGGCAGUAAAGGUGGCGGCGGCGGCGGCGGUGGUGGUGGUGGCGCUGGCGGGGGCCCAUGGGGAGCAGCGCCCACCUGGUGCCCCUGCAGCUCCUGCUGCAGCUGGUGGAAGUGGCUGCUGGGCCUGCUGCUCACCUGGCUGCUGCUCCUGGGGCUGCUCUUCGGCCUCAUUGCUCUGGCGGAGGAGGUGCGGAAGCUGAAAGCGCGCGUGGACGAGCUGGAGCGGAUGCGGAGCGGCGUGCUGCUGCAGGAGCAGAUAGAGAAAAGCAAAAAGGACCGGCUGCAGGGGCUGGCGCCCGGGGCGGACACAGGCAUGGACAAGUUUGGGCUGGAUGCUUCCAGUCAGGAGGCGCUCUGGCUGUUCAUGAGGAACAAGCUGAUGAUGGAGCAAGAAAACGGCAAUCUCCGAGGAAACCCUGGCCCUAAAGGUGACAUGGGAAGUCCAGGCCCCAAAGGAGAUCGGGGGCUCCCUGGGACUCCAGGUAUCCCUGGGCUCUUGGGACAGCCAGGUCCAGAAGGACCGAAGGGACAAAAGGGCAGCAUUGGAGAGCCUGGCAUGGAGGGACCUGUGGGCCAGAGAGGGCGUGAAGGCCCCAUGGGACCUCGUGGUGAACCGGGACCACCUGGGUUUGGAGAGAAAGGGGACAGAGGGGCUGGUGAACCGGGCGUUCCUGGCCUACCUGGCGUCCCGGGUUCUGUGGGUCCCAAAGGUGCCAGUGGUUUACCAGGCCCACCGGGUCCCCCAGGCCCUGUAGGUCUCCAAGGGUCCCGAGGUGAAGUGGGACUCCCUGGCCUCAAAGGUGACAAAGGUCCUAUGGGACCACCAGGACCUAAAGGUGACCAGGGUGAGAAAGGACCCCGAGGCCUCACAGGCGAGCCGGGCUCCAGAGGUCCACCUGGUGCUGCCGGGGAGCCUGGAGCUAAAGGAGCAAUGGGACCUGCUGGCCCCGAUGGACACCAAGGCCCAAGAGGUGAACAAGGUCUCACAGGGAUGCCUGGAAUCCGAGGCCCACCAGGACCUUCCGGAGACCCAGGAAAGCCAGGUCUCACGGGACCCCAAGGACCUCAGGGACUUCCUGGAACCGCCGGCCGACCAGGUGCUAGAGGUGAACCAGGAGCUCCAGGCGGGAUCGUGACAUCAGAGGGGUCGUCGACUCUCACUGUCCCAGGCCCACCAGGACCUCCUGGAGCCAUGGGACCCCCAGGACCACCAGGUGCCCCAGGCCCUGUUGGCCCAGCUGGUCUCCCAGGACAGCAAGGCCCGCGAGGGGAGCAAGGACUUGCUGGUGAAUCGUUCAUUAGCAGCAGCAGCUCCAUCUCUGAAGUCCUCUCUGCCCAGGGUCUUGAUUUACGAGGUCCCCCAGGCCCACCUGGACCACCUGGGCCACCAGGACCUUCCACUCCAGGCCCCCGAGGCCCCAAAGGAGACCAAGGCCUCCCAGGGUUCUCAACCUCAGGUUCCAGUUCUCUGGGAUUCAACCUGCAGGGACCACCAGGCCCACCGGGACCCAAAGGUGACAAAGGUGAUCCCGGAAUUCCUGGUGGUUCCUCUCAAGGGGGAUCAUCAUCUGGCACCAUGUUCAUGCAGGGCCCCCCAGGCCCCCCUGGACCGCCUGGGCCUCCAGGCUCCCUCAGCAGCUCUGGCCUGGAGGUUCAGCAGUACAUCUCUGAGUACAUGCAGAGUGACAGUGUUAGGUCUUACCUAUCUGGAGUUCAGGGUCCCCCAGGCCCACCUGGUCCCCCCGGGCCUGUCACCACCAUCACUGGUGAGACUUUCGACUACUCAGAGCUGGCAAGCCUCGUCGUGAGCUACUUACAGACUUCCGGGUACAGCAUCAGCUCGUUGUCAGCUGCCUCCAUCACUUCUGAAGACAUCCUGGCUGCACUGCAGCGGGACGACGUGCGUCAGUAUCUACAUCAGUACCUGAUGGGCCCUCGGGGCCCCCCAGGGCCACCAGGAGCAGGUGGAGAUUGGUCCCUCCAGUCUUUGGACUACGCUGAGCUGAGCACCCGCAUUCUCAGCUACAUGUCGAGUUCUGGAAUUAGCAUUGGACUUCCUGGCCCCCCAGGACCCCCUGGCUUGCCGGGAACAUCCUAUGAGGAGCUCCGCUCCUUGUUGCAAGGAUCUGAAUUCAGAGGCAUCGUUGGGCCACCAGGUCCCCCUGGGCCACCAGGGAUCCCAGGCAACGGGUGGUCCAGCAUCAGCGUGGAGGACCUCUCAUCUUACUUGCACACUGCUGGCUUGUCCUCCAUCCCAGGCCCACCAGGCCCUCCGGGUCCCCCGGGCCCUCGAGGGCCUCCGGGUGUCUCGGGAGCACUGGCAACCUACGCAGCUGAAAACAGCGACAGCUUCCGGAGCGAACUGAUUAGCUACCUGACAAGUCCUGAUGUGCGCAGCUUCAUUGUGGGCCCCCCAGGCCCUCCUGGGCCCCGGGGACCACCUGGCGACGGCCGCCUGGGGUCCAUGGAUGGCUCCUACAGUCAGGGCAGCAGCUCGUCCGUCAGCAGGAGCACCUCCUACAGCUCUUCCAUGGGCGUUGGAGGAACCAGCGGAGGCUCCCUGGGUGAAGGGGGAGCCUUUGGCUCGGAAGGGGGCCUGUAUGGCAGUGACAGCGGACUGUUCGGGGCUGGCUUUGCUGGAGGUCUGGAUUACAACGAGCUGGCUGUCCGGGUGUCGGAGAGCCUGCAGCGUCAGGGCCUGCUGCAAGGGCUGGCCCACACCGUUCAAGGCCCACCAGGCCGGCCUGGGCCCCAGGGCCCCCCGGGCAUCAGCAAGGUCUUCUCUGCUUACAGCAAUGUGACUGAGGACCUCAUGGACUUCUUCCGAACUCAUGGAGCCAUUCCAGGACCCCCUGGGCAAAAGGGAGAGGUGGGCAUCUCAGGACCCAGAGGUGAGCGGGGCCCUGCUGGGCCACCUGGCUGGCCUGGGCCACCCGGCCCUCAAGGGCCCAAGGGAGAAAAAGGAGACAAAGGUGACCAAGUCUAUGUUGGGCGGAGAAGGAGAAGCAUCGCCACCAAGCCAUGAGCUACCCUUGGUGGAACAGCCCCCAGACCAGUUCUUGCAAUGGCUUAUGGUGCUUAGGUCAAAAUCUCUCCAAAGGAUGAAAGCUGGAGUCUCAAUGCCUACUGAUACAGCACAGCCAAACAGUCAACUACACACUUAUUUCAGUCUGACACAAUACACGCAUAUAUAAAUGAUUCAAAGACACCCCAUCUGCAACAGCUUCGUUGGGUAGACUUGAGUAGCUGCAGUGUUGUGGCAGCAGACACACUUCUCUGCUAUCUAGAUGUGAGCUCCUUGGCCUCUUUAACGUUAGUCCAAGCCCUAACCUAGGAAAGCCAGUUCCAUACGAGUUGGCUCAGCAGUCCUUGAGCUUUGCCUGUAAAUGAGCCCAGAAAAUGGAAGAUGGGGAUGGUAGGGGGCGCCUUCCGGUGGGUUACACUUAAUGGGGGUGCAUUCUGAUUAAUGCUAAAAAGCUGUGCUGUCAGCUCCUUCCUCCCCUGUUCACUCCGCAUUCUCUAGUCACAGAAAACAGUUGGCUAAGGAGCCACUCUUGCAACUGAAAAAGUUAAGAAAUUCACUUCUCCUGAAGGUGGCUACGGGGUUUCUAACAGUUAUUUCUCACUACAGAUAGUCCCACUUGCUUAGAAAGUUUGAUGGUAGCUAUAAUCUAUAUCCAUAGGUCUAUGCUAGAGUUUAUAGAUAGAUUAGUUGUACUGAACUGGGCUGAAGCAAAUAGAAAAAGAAGGGCAAGGGGCAAGAAGAGAAAGAGAGAGGGAAAAUAGAAUAUCUACUGCUGGGGCAGGAUGUCACCUGUUCUGCACUUAAACAAAUGGCAUUGGGUACUGGGUGCAGUUGGUUUUAAGCACUUUUCAAUGUCUAAAAAUGUUAAUGUGGUCUAUUAGAUGAAAAGUCAUUUCAAAAGUAAAAUUUCCGAUUAAAGGAUUUUUUUCCUUUUUUAA